CACAUAUCAGAUCAUUUCCUAUUAUGAGUUUCAGUUUGGUUUCUUUUCAUUUUUUGUGACUCUGAAACCUAAGAUAGACACAGAGCUUUCGAUCCUCCAACUGCUCCACAACCCAGAAGAAAAGAGCUCUCGAGGUACUUAAUUCACCCUCUAGUUCAGGUGCUCCAGGUCUCAGCAGCAGUAACAGGAACAUGGGAGUGACAUCCAGAUUGACAUGGAUCGAGGAAAAGAUUCUGGAAAAGCUGCUUGGGGAUGCAUCUUUGACUCUUCUUUAUCAGUCUAGCGUUCAUAACAAUUGCCUUCUUGAGAUGACUAAGAAAUGUUCUCUUCAGGGAUCCACAUUGACAGUAUUUCACCUGGAGGAAGAUGUUGUUCUAGGUGUUUUUAUGCUGGAGGAUUUUCCCAGUUCAGACUCUGAAAAGCUGUGUAAUUGUGCUUGGUUUUCAUUAAAAAAGAAUAAUAGCUCUGGAAUAUCAGCUUUAUUUUUGAACACCCAAGUAGCAGUUGAUUCUAAAGAUCAGAUGAUUUUCUUAAACAGUGGUUCGUCACUCUUUGUGACUCCACUUAGAGGCUGCAGUCUUGUUGUAGAUGACACAAUAAUGAAAGAACUAGAACUCAUUCCUAAACAUAAGCCUCAAACAGUGGAAUGUGAAAUUUUUCGAGUUGAUGGCAUUAAGAAAAAUUUCAGCUUCAUAAAGAAGGUGAUGACUGCUGAACAGCACCGAGGAAAAUUACUCUCUGCUCUCAGAGACUACAGGCCUUAUGAGGACUUGACUUCAGAAGUUCGUAUUCUCUUGGUGGGCCCAGUAGGUUCAGGAAAGUCCAGUUUUGUCAACUCAGUGAAGUCUGCUUUCCAAGGCCGCCUAACUCGCCAGGCCAUUGUGGGAUCUGAGGAAAGCAGCAUCACCAAGCAGUACAGAGUUUAUUCUAUUAAAGAUGGAAAAAGUGGGGAAACACUCCCAUUUAUGCUGUGUGAUUCAAUGGGGCUGGAGGAGAGGGAAGACGUGGGGCUGUGUGUGGAUGACAUUCCUCACAUCCUAAAAGGCUUUGUACCAGACAGAUAUCAGUUCAACCCCUGUGCACCAUUUAAACUGAAACACCACACUUACGCCGCCACUCCACCUCUGAAGGACAGGAUUCACUGCGUGGCCUUUGUCUUAGACAUCAACUCUGUUAAUACACUCUCAGAUAAAAUGGUGGCAAAGCUGAAGAAGAUUCGCAAAGAUGUGGUAGACUGUGGUGUAGGACAUGUAGCCUUGCUUACAAAUGUGAAAGACUGUGAUGAAGUUCUUGAUGACAAUUUUGUGAACAUGACAGAAAGUGUGACUUCUUUAAAUGAGGUUCAGAAUGUCCGGCACAUGCUAAAUGUUCCUAUAGGUAAUAUCUUGAUGGUCAGCAAUUACGCUUCGGAGCUAAGGUUGGAGCCUAUGAAGGAUGUUUUGAUCUUGGCUGCACUCAGGCAGAUGCUGAGGGCCGCGGAUGACGCCUUCGCGGACUUGCCUCUCCAGCACUCUGCAUCAGCUGAUGGCUCAUUCAAUGAGUCAGACAUCGAAAAUGAAGGCGAACCCUGAGAACUGCAGAGAAGAAAGAUGCCCUAGGACAAAUGGGCUUCCAUAUGACCACAGCACCUAUAGCUUUAUGUGUGAGAGGAGACCCACCUGGGACUGAAACGGGCUCACGGACCAUCUGACACGUGUGCACAUCUACAUGUGUCUUUCUCAAGCUUCUCAGGCAAAUCAAGCGCAUUGCUUUUGCUUCUCCGCCACAUUAUGCAACUCUCUGCGCCCUAGUUGAUUGCACAGCAGUUACAAAAUGAUGUGGAGAUCUGCUAUUCCAAGUAGAGAAUGAGUUCUUGAGAAACAGGGCUCGAUUUUCCUUGUAGUCUCAGAGCUCUUAACAAGGUCUAGUAAGCAUUGAGGAUCCUCAUGAUAUCUGCUCUGGGCCACUUUCUCUAACGAUGAUAUUUACUUGGAUCCUCUACUCCAAUGGAUAGGAAGACACGGAGAAUGAGAUAUGGGAGAAAGGACAAGGAAAUAAAGAGUGGGGAGGGCUUUGCUUGUCUCUGGCUGAAAGCAUGAAUGUCUCUAAACAAAUUUAAAUAAAUUGGAAAGAGCCAAUAUUUGUUAACAACUUCAUUAAUUAUAGUAAUGUUUUAAUUUCAGAAAAUAAAGUCUCUUCCUGAAUGGUUC